AACAGAGGUGGCGCGCGGCCCGUGCGGCAGCGAGCGGAACGGCCGGCGAGCUGCCGCGGCCCGUGAGCGCCCCCCGGUCGGCAGCCGAGCGCCACCCUCCACCAUGGCCGGCCGCCCACUGAGCACCGUGCUCGGCCUGCUGGCGCUGGCCGCCCUCGGUCAGUGCCUCAACUGUAAUGUGUGCAUUCCGCCGCUGGCCGGAGACAAGCCCUCCCAGAAGGAGGCGGAAAUCUGGCGAGCCAAAAUCGGCCGCACCUUCCCCGGCAUGGCAGUGAGUGAUAUCCAGGUCUGCGGCGAGAAGGUCGACCCCAACAAGAAGCCGAAGGAGACGGAAGGCAGCUGUCCCUGGAAUACGGACGACGUCGUGUGCCUUAAAAUCAAACACGACUCCAGUUGGUACGCGCUCACCUGCGGCCAGAUUCCCGCCGACGAGGAUCUGUCAUGCUACACAGAAGGCGGUUCGUACAUCUGCCCGUGUCCCAACAGCUACUGUAAUAGCCGCGGCUGGAGGGACGCGGCCAGCUCCACGGCUCUCAUCUCGCUCCUCCUCGGCCUCACGCUGGCGGCCGCCUGGUAGAGCACCCCGCCAGACCCCGGGCUGGCCACGGAGGCCGGCCAACGGAGUCAACAGACGGGCUGCGAUACGAGAAGCCUACACGAGCAGAGGAGCGGACUGCAAACUAGCGAGCAGCAGCGGUUGUCCAGCUGAGCGGGCGUCGUCGUCGAAAUAGCGACGGAGGAGUGAUGGCAGAGUGGCGGGAUGAGGGAGAGGUACUCGGUGACUCGGUGACUCGAUGACUCGGUGACUCGAUGACUCGGUGACGUGGUGACGUAGUGAAGCGGUGACCGGCCGGCGGCGCGGAGCGCUCUGGAAGCGCUGAAUCCCUGCGGCGGGUUCCCGAUCGAACCGGGCCGACCGGCCGUCAGCAGUGGCUACAGCAGUGGCUACAGCAGCUGCAGCAGCAGCUACAGCAGCAGCAGCUACAGCAGCUGCAACAGCAGCUACAGCAGUGGCUACAGCAGCUGCAGCCGAAGUAUCGGCGACAGAGGCGCCAGCAGCCAGAGGCGGUGGGCGCAGCGGGGGCCGACACACACCGGGUUACUGCUGCCAACGCGGCGUGCCAUCGUCUCUCCAGCGCCGCCACUGUCGCCGACCACCGACACUCCGGAGGAGACCGAGCGGCUCCUCAGAGGUGCGAGAGGACAAAGACUACACAGAGACUAGAGGAACGACUAGCUAACUCAGCAUCGAGGACUAGCUUCCUCAGACGAGUGGCCAGACAGCGAUUACGUAUAGACAAUCGGUCCGACCGUGCGCCAGUAACAGAAUUGUCCGGCGUCGGCCCCGCGAUAGCGCGCCGACGAUGGCGCUGACGAACAACGAUGACGACGAUGACGACGACGACAACCAUGAAGACGAUGACUCAGGACAGCGCCGUGCACAGUGUCGGGAGAGACGGACUGUGCACGUCAUCGGGACGGUCAGAGGGGGUCACAGAUCACCGGCUCUGUACCGGAGAUCUAACGCCUCCGGCCUCUCUCGGGCGGCUUGCUCAAACGGUACCGACGAGGCCAGUGGACUCAGGAGGCCGCGAGAGACGAGUGCGGUCUAGCAGAGUGCGCGCGGUCAGUUCUUCAAUAUCACACAGUUCACCAGUGACGAGGAAAGGCGUUAAGUUGUUGUUUCAAAGCCACCGAAUCCUUGUGACAACUGAAAGUCCUGAACGCAUUUCUCAGUAUUCUCUUCUAGUGACAGUAAAAGUUUGCAUGUUUCUCGAUACGUUAUGUGUACUGUUAAUCAUCAUUUUCCUUUUUUUGUCAAUACAUCAACUUCUGGCUUGAA